UCUGUCGCAGGGCUACAUAUACAGACAAACAAUCACUCUCACAUUCACACCUACGGCCAAUUUAGCAUAAUCAAUUAACCUCAGCAUAUUUUUGGACUGUGGGAGGAAGCCGGAGUACCCGGAGAAAACCCACACAUGCACAGGGAGAACAUGCAAACUCCAUGCAGAAAGAUCCCGGGAAAGCCAGGACGCGAACCAGGGAUCUUCUCGCUGCAAGGCGAAAGUGCUAACCACUACGCCACUGUGCAGCCCGCCGCUCCUUCAAAUUUCUUUUUUUUUUUUUUUUGUUAGUGUCGCAAAUACACCACCGCCACGUCUCCAUCUUCACAGCAGAGUUCUGCACUGUGCUGGGUACUCGUGAGUACGAAGCUAAACUACAGAUAACUAUCUUGCUCAGUAUCUACUCUUUCAUACGUUGGGCUAUACAACGUUGAUGUUGCCAGAGCGCGGCCUUGAAAGUGACAUCACGUCAAGCACCCAGGCACCAGGUCAGAGAGUCAGAGGAGUGAUGUCUUGGAAAACAGGGCAGCGACUUACCGGAGAAAAAUUAUUAGCUUAAGAUAACUCAUAAUAGAUUUUACAAGUUCAAUUCACAAAAUAUAGGUGUCCAGCUAACAUUACGUAACAUACUGGUAGCUUCAGUUAAUUGGGCCCGGUGCCAACUCAGUGGUCACUAACGUGAGUAAACUAAUUAAUAGCAUUAAGCUAAUAUGUACACUCCAUGAUGUAACUGCUGACUGCGUCUUCAGAUGAGUUUGUUCAAAUUUUUUUACAUUUAUUUUUACAUUCAGCCUUUGAAAAGCCAUUUUCAACUGGCCAUUCAAUAAAUAGGUUGUACAAGUAAAAUCUGCAGUCAAGUGUCAUUUGUUUACGUGUCACGGCUCCCCGGAGAGCCUGCCGCAGCUGCUGAAAAAAAUCCUAGAGGAAACACUGACAUCAGGACACUGUCAGGAGUCAUUUCACACAGGUAGCAGACAAUGCAUUGAUUCAUAUAGAUAGAAUCAGCGCAUUCCUGCUCAGCUCUUUAUUUUGUGUUAGAGGUUUUUAUUGUUGUCAAGUCAAACUGGAAGAAGCAUUUACAUAGGUGCUCAGCUGGGGCGGAACCAAUCUGCGGCUGCAGGUUGGUUACCGGCAGCAUAAAAUGGGACACACGCAGCACUGAGAGGGAAGGAGAAUGAAUGACCUCGCUCAAACAAAGUGGCUGUGAGCACAAGGAUUUGCGGCAAACUGACUGUGCAGGACCUGCUUCAUCUACGGAAAUCCGGGUGGCGGCCGGUUUUUCACCUAAACCUAUCAACCAACCCUAUCGACUAAACCUUUCAACCAAACCUGUCACCAAAGUUGCCAUCGUUGUAUUUUAUGACCUUGGAACUAUUGCAAAAUAAAAGAGGAGGAAAAGAAAGCAACUGUCUGAUUCAUGAGUGGAGCCCAGCUCAUAACCCGAGUAGAUGAACAUCCUUUUUCAAGUGGGGAAACUGCACACUUACCCUCAGGAAAUCAUCAAUGAUAGUCACGUGUCAUUGAAAUUGGGGGAACACUUGACAGUGAAAAACCGCUGCAGUAGCGCAGUACUGAAGAUCCAGGAAGCGAGAACUGAGGUCCAACCUGGAAUCCUGAAAAGGAUAACCUAAAGCGUAUUAAGGUGCCUUUUAUGACUUCAUUGGAGAAAAAAAAAAUUGAACUGGAAAUAAGCAUGGCUGGUCAAGAACUCAAAUCAAUUGAGCAGCUCAAGGUGGAGAGGACUACAGCAAAAAGACUGUUUUCUCGUGUUGUUAACAGCAUUACAAGGACCUACAGAGACAUGUCUGAAGAGGAGCUCAGAGACAGUUUCAAUAAACUCACAAUAGAGGCAGAGAAAGUCAUGGAAUCCAAUGAUGAUGUGGAGGCCGGGCUUAUCGCAGAGCUAGAGGCGGCAUCUGACACAAGUGGAGGAGCUGUAUUAACUGAGCAGCAGAGAGCCGACAUAGAAAAGACUGUGAAAGAAUGUGAGAUGAAACUCAAGGAGGUCAAAGCGCUCAUCCAGGAGACUUUGUGGGCUAACUUUGGGAAUGCUGAACUACCCACUGCGAUACAGGCAGCUGAGGCUGCGUGUCAUCUCGCUGCUGCGACACGACCUGAUGGGAAUGAGGAAGCAUAUGAUUUUAGACUCACUCACCUGCAGGAGCUAGUGAAGACUGCAAAGGAGGUCUAUAGCCGGUGGAAACGUUGGGUUCCCCCAGACGAGCAGCAGGCUUUCCAGAGUUGCUUAAGGGAGCUGGAACUCUCUGUCCCAAAAUUAGUGUCCAGAAAGGCCGAUUUCAUCCAUGCAAGGGUUAAAGACGAGGCUGAACGACAGACCCAGAGCAGCAGUGCUUUCAGUUAUCCAGUGCCAACCAUCCGGUUAAGACCUGUGGCCCUUCCCAGGUUUGCAGGGAACCGGCGCGAUUUCCAUAAGUGGAGAAGGGACUGGGAAGCACUGCAGAACCAAGGUGAACCCACUGGCUCAAAAGAAGUGAAAAAGUUCCAAUUACUGGACAGUAUUGAGGAUAAGAUCAUAAGAGACCUUCGGCUCACAUCCUACAGCACAGCUGAUGACAUCUUUCGUGUCCUGGAGAAUCGCUUUGGCAACCAAACAUCAAUUGCUAUUGAAGUUGUGGAAGACCUACAGAAGAUGCCAGCUGUGAAAGGUCAUCAGCCACGGAAAAUAGUGGAAUUAAUUCAAGCUGUGGAAAAGGCACUUCAGGAUCUGAGUGACCUAGGAGAAACAGGUGCCAUUAAAAACCCACUGGUGACAAAAUCCAUUGAAAGCAAACUUCCAGAACACCUCAAGAAGGAAUGGCUGGUUUAUGCUGCUGACAGGAGGAAUGCUGUGACACCAGAGAAGCGCUUCGAUAGUCUCUUAACAUUCCUCAAAGAACAGGAAAGCAUAUAUGAGCAACUCGAGCAGCUGAGGGAGGAAGAACCAGGUAAAAAAGAAACUAGGAUUGAACCAAGACAUGCCAGAACCAGAUCUACAAAAGCAGACAACGACCAUCUAGUUUGUGUAGUCUGUGGUGAUGGAAAGCACAAAAGAAGGCUCUACUUUUGCAAGCAGUUUCGAGCACUAAAGCUAAUGGAUAAAAAAGCUGCAGUAAGGAGGCUGGGAGCAUGCAAAAAAUGUCUCGAGGUUCAUGAUGACAGUUCAUUCUGCAAGCCUACUUACCUGUGUAAAAACCCCGACUGCAAGAAUGAACAUGUUCCAGAGCAUCACUACUACCUGUGUCCUAAUGCUGAGACAAAGAAAAGGGGUACAUGCCAUAAAAAGAGCAGCUUCGGUUCAGAUGAAGACAAAGGCCGGAGAAAGUACACAAAGGAUCAAGAGGAGUUCUUAAGAAAACUCUCACCAGAGCUGGUAGAACAGUGCCGAGAAGUGUUCUCUAAUACUGCAUCUAGAGCUUUCAACACUGUAAAAAAUCGACCAAGCUUACUCAUGGAUAGUGGAAUGCAGGAGCUUCCAGUAAUCAUGAUGCUUCUAGAGGUCACUGCAAAUGCUGGACAGAAAAUUGGGACAUUAAUUGACUUGGCUUCUGACACCAAUUACAUAACCCAUAAGGCUGCAAGCGGGUUGAACCUCAGAAGUGAAGAAAUCACCCUUAUCGUUCAUGGAGUUGGAGGGAUGAAGGUUCACGUAGAGACGAAGCGGUACCUUCUAAAGAUUCGAGUUAAAACUGCCAAAGGCACUCUGAAGUCUCAUCAGUUGGUUUGUUAUGGACUGGACAACAUUGCAGAUGUUCACAGGCAUGUGACACCAAAACAGCUGCAGAGGUUCUUUCCAGAUGUACCUCUUGAGGAACUGGUGAGGCCUAAAGAAAUACAGCUACUCAUCAGCCACAGGGAAGGCCAGCUAGCACCUCAGAGAAUAAAAGCUGUUGGAGAUCUCGUGUUGUGGGACAGACCACUUGGCAAGACAGUUGGAGGUUCUCAUCCUGAGCUCUUUGAGGGACUUAUCUUGUCAGCCCGUCUUUCCAAUACACACUUUGCAAGAUCCAUGAGGACAGCUGCUGCAAAAUAUGAGGAAGUCAUUACCACUGUCCAAGGUCAGCUUUCACCCAGCAAACAAGCUGCUGUAAAGUUCCAUGAGUCAAGUACAUCGGCCACCAAGCGGGGCGACUUCUUGGAAUGGUGGAGGUGGGAUAGUAUUGGAGCAGCAUGUGAACCUAAAUGUGGAGGCUGUCGCUGUGGAAACUGCCAGCCAGGUGGCAAAGAAAUGUCUCUUGCUGAGGAGAGAGAGCUUGAGAUAAUAAGACAAGGCCUCACAUAUGUCAUAGAGGACAGCCACAGCAAAGAACCACAUUGGCACACAAAGUAUCCCUGGUUAGAGGAUCCAGGAUCCCUGCCAAAUAACAGAACAGCAGUGGAAGCUACAUUUCUCAGGACAGAGAGGCAGCUAUCCAAAGAACCUGAAUGGAAGGGAGCCUACGCCGCACAAGUGCACGACAUGGUGAAUAGAAAAGCUGCGGUUAAACUGUCCAGAGGGAGGAUUAUCGAUUGGAAUGGACCAGUUUGGUACGUGAGCCACCUAAUUGCUCCUAACCCUCACUCUGUUACUACCCCAGUGAGACUUGUAUGGAACAGCAGUCAAAAGUUCAGAGGUAUAAGCAUGAACGAUCUACUGAUGAAAGGUCCAGAUGUCCUCAAUCAGAUUCGAGCAGUCCUCCUUAGAUUCAGAAGCGGAGUUUACGCUGCUCUAGGAGAUAUAAAGAAAAUGUACAACUCAGUCUGGUUGGAGGAACGAGAAGUACAUCUACACAGAUUUCUUUGGCGAGACUCAGAAGAGGAAGAGCUUGGGGAAUAUGCCAUCACGAGAGUAAACAUUGGAGAUAAGCCUGCAGGUUGCAUCGCACAGCUAGCAAUGCGUGAGACUGCUAACCUUCCUUCUUUCACCCAUCUUAAGGAAGAGCAGCAGGUACUCCAGAAUGACAGCUACGUUGAUGAUAUUCUCACAUCCCACAACAACCUCAACCAGCUGAAAGCCAUCAUAGCAAAUGUGGAACAGAUCCUUAAAGCUGGAGGUUUUGAACUCAAGCCAUGGGUCCUAUCUGGUCAAAGUGGGAGGAAGGAGUGCAGAGAUGAGCAGGAGAAAUGCCAGGUGAAAACUAUGGUCUUACCAAACCAAAUGAGUAGUGAUGAUAAUAAAGCACUUGGACUGGGCUACAUAGUGGAAGAGGAUAAACUCCAUGUCAUGGUUGGGAUCAAUUUCUCCAAAAGAAAGAAGAAAAUGCGACUUGGACAGGAUCUAUCCCAUGAACAGAUAAGAGCCCACACCCCAAAUCCUCUGACACGUAGAGACCUUCUCAGCCAAGUAUCGGGACUUUAUGACCCUGUGGGCCUAGUGACUCCUGUGAAACAGAAGGGAGCUAUAAUGGUACGCAGAGCCUUCCAAGAGGCGAGAAAUGGAAACUGUCAAGUCAAAGACACAUGGGACAUGCCACUUUCAGAUUGCCUCAGGGAGGACGCAAUGCAGCUCUUCGAGGAGUAUGUUCAGCUUGGUCAAGUCACAUUCACCAGAGCACUGACUCCCCCACAUCACCGAAACAAACCUCUAGCAAUCACAUUUUCAGAUGGAAGUGAGCAAGCUUAUGGAGCAGUGAUGUAUUUAAGGUGGGACUCAGACCAAGGCCCAGUCAUCAGACUAGUUGAGUCCAAAGCCAAACUAACUCCCUUGGACCACAAAGGUGAUGCUGUAAAAGCAGAGAUGUGUGGAGCGGUGUUUGCUUCACGUUUGAAGAAGUACUUUGAGCUUCACAGCUGGAUCCAAGUGGAGAGGUGGUACCAUCUUGUGGAUAGCCAAACAGUACUUGGUGCAGUGCAACGAGAAAGCUAUGGCUAUCAAACAUUCUUUGCAAAUAGAAUUGGAGAAAUCCAAAGCUGCACAAAGACUCAGGACUGGUGGUGGAUUCCUGGUUCCAAAAACAUUGCUGACAUAAUCACCAGAGGAGCCAGCCCUCAAAAUCUGGAUAAGAACUCAGAAUGGCAAAAUGGGCCUGAAUUCUUGAGCUUGCCAGUAAAUGAGUGGCCAAUCAAAUCAGCAAAAGAAAUAGCAACUAUUGCCAGAGAAAGCAUUAAUAGGUUGCAAAAGAAAUCCUUUAUCGCUGUGCUUGCAAGAAUUGAAGGAGAGAAGCAGGAGCCAAACCAGACUGAACAAAGGAGACCUCCUGCUGGUUCAGCCAUCCAGAGCCUCGUGGAUGUCAAAAGGUUCAGUCUUCUAGUUCGAUUGAUUGGAACCAUUGCAUGGGUUUGGAGAGCUGCAAAGAAGUUUCUCGGACUGAAGCGAGUCCUAAACAACCCAAAGUGGGAGGCAGUCGCUCUAACAGGGGUCAUCACAUUGAGAGAAAGAGAGGAUGCCCUAAGAGACGUUUUUCUUGCUGAGCAAAUGGACGCAACCUUCCCAAGCACCUUAACAGACAGGCUGGUGGUAUUUAAAGAUCAUAUAUCUGGGCUGUUGUUAUGCGGUGGCAGAGUGCAGAGCUUUAAAGAGGAUAAAGUUGGUGUUCCCAUUCUUCCUUAUGAUGCCUGGGUGUCAACGUUACUAGCUCGAGAGGCUCACAAUGAGAGUCAUGAUGGAGUGGCUGGAACUGUACUGAAAAUGCGGAGGAAGGCAUGGGUUGUAAGAGGACGGAGGAUUGCUCAAAAGGUGGUUGACCGCUGCGUAAGCUGCAGGAAAGUGAAAGCAAGGCGUUGCCAGCAAGUAAUGGGUGAUCUGCCAUCUGAAAGAACGGAACCUGCUGCCCCCUUUCAGUUUACAACAGUUGACCUCUUUGGACCAUAUCAUGUGAGAGAUGAUGUCAAGAAAAGAGUGACAAUCAAAGUUUGGGGUGUUAUUUUUAGCUGCAUGGCUAGCAGAGCCGUCCAUACAGAGUUGGUCAAUGCUCUAUCGACUGAAAGCUUCCUGAUGGCCUAUCAAAGGUUUACCGCAAUUCAUGGACAUCCAAGGAAAAUCUGGUCAGAUCCAGGGACCAAUUUUAUUGGAGCAAAGCCAGUUCUGGAGGAGAUGUACAGAUUCUUGGGUAGCCAGAACAAAGCAGCCCUUGAGGAGACAGCUGCCAGAAGUGGAACAGAGUGGAUGUGGAAAAUCCAUCCAGCUGAUUCUCCACAUAGGAAUGGUGCUGCAGAAGCUGCUGUGCGUCUUGUAAAGAAAGCGCUCUACAGUCUUGGAGGAGAACUUUCCCUGAGUUAUAGUGAGUUCCAGACAGCUCUUUAUAUGGCAGCCAAUCUGGUGAAUGAGCGACCAAUUGAAGCCAUAGUACAGAGCCGGGAGGAGUGUAUCCAGUAUGUGACACCUAACAGCCUUCUGCUUGGCCGAGCUUCUCGAAGCGGAGACUGCAAAACAUUCGACUUUGAAACCUACCCCUACAAAAAGUUGAGAGCAAUGCAGUCAGAGGUAAACAAGUUCUGGAGGUACUGGAGCCAACUCGCUGGCCCCAACUUGUUUGUGAGGAGCAAGUGGCACACUACACACAGAAAUGUCGCUGUUGGAGACAUUGUCUGGUUAAGUGACCAAAAUGCACUGAGGGGACAGUUCAGGCUUGGAAGAGUCAUCAGCACCAACCCAGACAGUAAAGGUGUCGUGAGGGACGUCGAUGUCAGGGUCUGUCCAAGCUAUUGUGUUCCUGUGAUAAAACCUGUUAAAAAUGCAGUAAAGCCAAGAAAUCCAUCAUCUGAUGCAAACAAGGAGAAGUUCCAGGCAACGAUCCUUUGCCGGGAUGUCAGACGACUGGUUGUCUUACUACCUGUUGAGGAACAGAUGAAGGAUCUAGGUUAGAUUAUCAUAAGUUGUGCAUGCUUCAAAUGGAAACCUUCAAGAUUACCUUCAACGCUGCGAUCUUCCAAGUAUGACCACAGAAAGAUCGAGUGGGAGGUGUCAAGUCAAACUGGAAGAAGCAUUUACAUAGGUGCUCAGCUGGGGCGGAACCAAUCUGCGGCUGCAGGUUGGUUACCGGCAGCAUAAAAUGGGACACACGCAGCACUGAGAGGGAAGGAGAAUGAAUGACCUCGCUCAAACAAAGUGGCUGUGAGCACAAGGAUUUGCGGCAAACUGACUGUGCAGGACCUGCUUCAUCUACGGAAAUCCGGGUGGCGGCCGGUUUUUCACCUAAACCUAUCAACCAACCCUAUCGACUAAACCUUUCAACCAAACCUGUCACCAAAGUUGCCAUCGUUGUAUUUUAUGACCUUGGAACUAUUGCAAAAUAAAAGAGGAGGAAAAGAAAGCAACUGUCUGAUUCAUGAGUGGAGCCCAGCUCAUAACCCGAGUAGAUGAACAUCCUUUUUCAAGUGGGGAAACUGCACACUUACCCUCAGGAAAUCAUCAAUGAUAGUCACGUGUCAUUGAAAUUGGGGGAACACUUGACAAUUGUGUAGGAUAACCAUUAUAU